UAUUGACUGUAGAGACAUCUGAUAGGUAAUGCUACAUUCUUGAAUCGUCUAUAUGCAUUUUAAAGGUUAUGUUCAUUAGAUCAGUUUAUAAACAAUAAUAAAGAUUGUUAUAAAAAAAUUAAUUAUUAAUUAAUAAUAAAAAUGAGUUAAAUAAAAUGAUUAAUGUUUUAUUUUAAUCUUAGAAAUUUCGCAAAUUGUUGUAAAUUAUUAAUGCACAUAAAGAGCAAUAAUAAUUUUUAUAAUUCAUGUGAUAUACAAUUAACAUGAUGUAUUUAAGACUUAUCAUUACUUUUUGUAUUUUUCAUUUAAGUUAUACUUGGGAGAUAUCAGAAAAUUUUGCUAAGACAGGGCAUUCAAAUAAUUGGGCAGUAUUGGUCGAUACUUCACGAUUUUGGUUUAAUUAUCGUCAUGUAGCAAAUGUGUUAUCCAUUUAUAGAAGUGUUAAACGCUUAGGUAUACCAGAUUCACAAAUUAUUCUAAUGAUAGCAGAUGACAUGGCAUGCAAUCCGAGAAAUCCUAGGCCAGCUACAGUUUUCAAUAAUAUCAGACAACAUAUUAAUGUUUAUGGAGAUGAUGUAGAAGUAGAUUAUAGAGGAUAUGAAGUUACUGUAGAAAAUUUUGUGAGAUUAUUAACUGGGCGAUUAGCACCAGAGACACCAAGAUCCAAAAAACUAUUAACGGAUGAAGGAUCUAAUAUUUUAAUUUAUCUUACUGGUCAUGGUGGGAAUGGAUUCUUAAAAUUCCAAGAUUCUGAAGAAAUUACUAGUAAAGAACUUGCAGAUGCAUUAGAACAAAUGUGGCAGAAAAGAAGAUAUCAUGAAAUUUUAUUUAUUGUUGAUACUUGUCAAGCAAGUUCAAUGUAUGAGAAAUUUUAUUCUCCAAACAUUCUUGCAGUUGCAUCUAGCCUAGUAGGCGAAGAUUCACUUUCUCAUCAUUUGGAUCCUGCCAUUGGCGUUUACAUUAUAGAUAGAUAUACAUAUUAUGCAUUGGACUUUUUAGAAAAAGUUGAACCAUCUAGUUCCAAAACAUUAGGAGAAUUUCUUAAAGUAUGUCCUAAGCAUUAUUGCUUAUCAACAGUAGGAGUAAGAAAAGAUUUAUUUAGAAGGGAUCCUAAUAAAGUACCAGUCACAGAUUUCUUUGGAUCAUUGAGGCCUGUAGAAUUAACCACGAGUAUAAUGACUGUUUUGCCCGUGAAAAUAAACAAGACGAAAACAAUCGAACCGGAAAGGAAAUAUUCUUAUGUUCCACAAUUUCCAGAUGUAUCAAAGUUUACGUGAUUUACAGAAAUAAAUAUAAAUUUCCUAAAAAA